AUGCAUGUUCAGCACUUCUCACAUCUAUCACAUGGCUCCACCAUUGUUCUACAACGAAAAAAAAGAAAUUUGGUUACUGUAAAUAAUUCAGCUAUAAAUUAUUUGAUGAAAAGUUAUUUAAGUCACAACAUACGUUUUUAUCAACACCAUCGACGUUUUGCUGAAUUAAGUAAUUUUUUGAAUUUAAAAAGAAAUAUAAAACACAUGCACAGUUCCUGUCUCACGGAUCGAAAAAAUGCAUUUCUUAAAAAAUGUUUUUUUCAAAUUCCACCAAAGCAUUAUUUGCAAACUCAGAUAAAAAGUAUCAUUAAAAAAAAACAGAAAAUAUCUUUCUUUAAGAGAAAGAAAAGGAAAGAACAUAGUAACUAUUUUAAAUAUGGAAUCAGCAUCAACCAUAAAAAUGAAAAUUUUGCAAAUUUCCAGCAUUGGAAGAAAAAUUUACAAUACAAAAAUAACAAGACAGAUGCAAACAAAUCGAUUAAACCAAAUAGACACAUUCAUCCUCUCAAAAGUUUUCAUAAAGAUUUACAAAGUAUCAAUGUCAUACAAUCGGUAAAUUACAUUCACUAUAAUACAUUUCACACAAGAAUAGCAAAGUGUAGAAAAGGGAUAAACAUUAGUGGAAGAAUAAUGAAAAGAAAAAAAUAUAUCAAUCUAAAGCUAAACAAUUUAAGCAGCGUGUACAAUGAAAACAAGUACAAUGAUGUAACAAAUGAACAGAAGGAAUACUCGUCGAAUGAAAAAUUUCUUCAAAAUUUUGAACACAUAAGAAAAGCACAUGAAUAUGGGCAAUCAAAAACAGACUCAUCAUUAUAUGAAAAUAAAGAAAUUAAUGAAAAUAAUCGAAACCAUCAUAUGAACCAGAAAAAAAACAUGGAAGAACCAAUUAAAAAUAUAUAUAAUAGUAAUGACUAUGCAAAUCAUAUAAAUUCAAGUAAAAAAAGUGAUAAAAUGUUGUCAAAAAAAAUAGAUAGUUAUAAUUCUAAAGAUUUUGAUAAAGCAUAUGAAGAUAAAUCUCAUGAAAAAGGAGAAAUGAAUAUAAAGAGACAUGACUUAAUAUUAGUUGCACUCUCAGGAUGUAUCCCUUUUAUAUGUUUUGGAUUUGUUGAUAAUUCUUUUAUGAUAAUUGCUGGGGAUCUAUUUGAUUCUACUUUUUGUGUCUUUCUAGGAUUUAGUACAUUGGCUGCAGCAGGCUUGGGAAAUUUAACAAGUGAUGUCCUGGGCAUUUUUAUUGGAGGAUAUAUAGAAAAAAUAAUCGCAUAUGUCGGAUUUCCAAGAAUAAAUUUAACAAAUAAACAAUUAAAAAUGAACAGAACUAGACGAUAUUAUUACAUCGGAAGUGCUGUAGGUAUAGCUAUAGGAUGCUUACUAGGCAUGAUACCUCUUUUCUUUAUUGAUAAUAGCAAAUUAGAAGAAAAAAAAAAAAAAAAAAAAAAAAAAAAACAACAAAAUAAUAAUAAUAAAAUUGCAAAUAUUGAUAAAAGGCUCUUUCAAUUAGUUUCUAAUCAACUUCCAAAUUAUGUUAAUUCAAAUUACGCAUUUUUAUUCAUUCUUGAUAAAUCAAAUCGGGACGCUUAUUCAUUAAUUGAUAACCAAAUUGUACGUUUACCACUUGAUGAAGACAUUAUUGGGCAUGUUUAUAAAAAUGGAAAAAUUAUCAGCUAUGAAAGUAGAAGCUUACUGAAAAGUCUAACACACUCCUAUAAACCCUCUAAUCUGGUAGAAAAGGAAAAAUAUAGAAAUACAGGUGAAACGCAAGCAGGAGUAAGUAUAACUACCCAGAGGGAAAUCAACCAUGUGGAUCUAGUGGGCCAAGUUGAUCUAGUGAACAAAAUUGGCCAAGCGGAUCAAGCGAACUUCCCGAAUUUUCAGAAAAAUCAAAAUUUUUAUUUCAACAAAAAGAGAAUUGACGUUCAUCAGGUUAUUGCCGCUCCGGUAUUUGGCCUAGACGAUGCGCAAUUUUUAAGUAUGUUCUGUUCUCACAUUGCGCAGGAGAUUGAGGAUGUAAAAGACAUAAACGAUUCGUUAAGGCUAUGCAAAAAAAUAGUAUACGACUGA